ACUUACGAUUAUUUUACGCAUUCGCUCUGCCUAAGGUCUUGAAGAAUUGGUGAAAUCAAAUUUAUAUAUUUGUAAAGAAGAAAUAAAUACAAGUUAACGUGUGGUCUGUAUUUAAAAUAUGGAGCGGUGGCGCACGUAUAGUUUAGAGUACUCUGACAUGCCGACGAUGGUAGCUAAUGUGGCGGACCUGCUGAAGCACCUGGGGUUGAACAUUGACGGCAAAGUUCGAGUGAUCCCAAUUUUGUCGGUGAUAUGGACGGUGAUAAGCGUAGUGCUAUACUUCUACGUGUAUGUGUUCUCGAUCCUGUGGUACGUGUUCUGGCGCGGCACCGGCGACCCCGUGGUGGACGCCGUGCUGCUGUCGCUGGCCUGCGCCUGCAUCAUCGGCCUUCUGAAGCUCUUUGUUCUGCACUUCAACAGAAAAAGCUUACAGUAUACACUAAUAAGCUAUUUAUCGUACGACAAGCGGCUAUGCCGGGAAAGCAGGAUGUACCGGCGGCUGGUAAAGAAUCUGCGCGUGAUCAAGCGGCGAGCCUCGGCAAUAUGGAUCUUGCUUGUUGUCAACGGCGCUUUUUACUGUUUUAUGCCGCUUUUACUGCCGGGGAGGCAUUUGGCGGAGGACAUGCAAGUGAUUUACGGAAUGGCGCCGGAUACCAAAGAGAAUGAGCCACUAGUAUCCGAGCCGAAGCUCGCCGAGCCGCGGGCGCCAGCGGCCCCCACACCGGAGCCGCGGAAGUACACCGUGCGGUACUUCGUGGUGCUCAAGUUCGUGUACUGGCACCUCGGCGCGCUGUACGGGCUGUACCUGGCGUUCUCUGCCCACUGGGCCACUAUAGUGUUCAACGUGUUCAUCUAUAUGGCGGCAGGCUUCGGCGUCACGGCGGGCGGGCACCGGCUGUGGUCGCACCGCGGGUACAAGGCCACCCUGCCGCUGCAGGUGCUGCUCGUGCUGAUGCAGACCCUGGCGUGCCAGCUCUCCGUGCACAACUGGGCGAGGGAUCACAGGUUGCACCACAAGUACGUGGACACGGACACGGACCCGUACAACGCGCGCCGCGGGCUGUUCUUCUCCCACAUCGGCUGGCUCCUAGUCGACAAACACCCCGAGGUCCUCCGGAGGGGGAAAACGAUAUACUUGGCGGAUCUAGAACAAAAUCCGGUGGUGAUGUUUCAAAAGAAGUACUAUUAUUAUCUGAAUACUCUACUGGGGUUCAUCAUGCCAGUCGUAGUACCGGUGGUGUGGUGGGGCGAGUCGUGGAGCCACGCGCACCACGUGCACCUGCUGUUCUCGCUGGUCGGCCUGCACAUCUACUUCAGCGUCAACAGCUUCGCGCACGCCGGCGACCGCAAGCCCUACGACGCCACCAUCACGCCCGCCGAAAACAACUUCCUGUACGUGAUCCUCUUCGGAGAGGGACACCACAACUAUCACCACGCUUUCCCAUCCGACUAUCGAAUUUCUGAGUUUGGAUUUAAAUAUUUUAAUUAUUCGACUACUUUAAUCGAGUUGUUCGCGAAGAUCGGUUGGGCGUACGACUUAAAGCCGGCGAGUCCCGACAUCGUCGCGAAGAGGGCGCACAGGACCGGGGACGGAUCUCGCCAGUGGCCCGUGCCAGUGGAGAACGGUUUUGAAAAUUGUUCUUGAUAAAUCUUAGCGUUUAUUUCGUUUCAUCCGCAGAGGUUAGCAGAGUGACAAUCGUUUAAUAGAAAACGCCAAUCGAAUCUUGUUAAUACGAGUAUGUAUACAUUGGUAUGUUAAUUAUUGACGUUUUAUUGGGAUUUUUUCUGGCAUUGCGUUUAUACUAAUUAAAAAUUGAA